CUAUUUAAACAAAUUCUAAAAAGCAUUUUUAAACAGUUAGCUAACACUCCGCAAGUAAAAUUUGAAUGGCCACUAAACUGUCCAAUGGAAGUACGAGAACUUGUUGGUCCCGAAAGGUUCGAUGCACAAGACUCAAAAUUUAUGAUGCCAUUUUUCUGGAAAAAAAAUCCUGUACCAGCAGUUUGUUCAUGGGGCAUAGUUGUUUGCGCUAUCGAAUGGGGCUUUGGAGUUGCAUUGCUGUUGCUUAAUUCGUUGCAUUACAUUAUUAUACUUUGUAGUAUGACAAAUGGAACAAUUGCGACAGUUGUAUGCAUUAUAACAUUCCUACAAUUAAGCGUAUUUUUUAGCCAAAAAGUAUUAUUCGCUAUUGCUAUCGUAGAAAAACACGUAUUUUUGCUUAAACAACAAAUGAUAUUCCAAUAUGUUACUUGCGUUUUUCUCUUACUUAACGCUGUUUUCACUUUAUCUGCGGAUUUUGGCGGAUAUAACGAACAAUAUUUAUUCGGCGAAAAUGAUCCGUUAUUUAUUCGUUUAGCAGCACUUAUUUCUAUUAUCUUUAUUAUUGUCGAACUUUAUCUACGGCUAAUGACCAAAGCAGUUUAUACAUUUAUGAAUGAAUCUAAACGAUUUCGUGAUGCCUUGAUUAAUUCACGAUGGCGUUAUCGUAAACGGGUAUAUUUUUCAUAUUGUUCAAUAAUGCAGCGGAGCUUAUCCACAUUAACCAAAUUAGAAGUAAGCAAAUUCUCGACAUUGUCUGAUCAGUCCGACAAGAGAAAUGUAACUUUUCUCUAUCAAUUCUUCGAGGAUACUAUAAAUAACAGCUAA